AAAGAGCAACAAUUCAAUUAAAGAGAUUAUUGAUUGUGGAUAUGAUGAACUGAAGAUAUCUCUCUAAAAGUGAGCUAAAAACGAAUGGGUUGAUUUUGUUGUUACAAUGUAUAAAAAUAAUUAUUCUUCUAAUCAUUACCUAUCAUUGUUGCAUUUUCAUUGUUGAAACAAUAAACAUUCAGUUGUGUCUUAUGUGAGCACCUCAAAACUAAGGGACAUACAGGAACCAUUCCACGUCCAAAUUAUCUAAAUCUAUUACACCGGAAGUUUAAGGUCAUCGGCGGUUGAAGCAUGGCACGUUGUUUACAUAAAUUGCUAACUCUUCAUGGUAGAUUGAAGUCACGUUUUGUGUCAGAGAUGGGAAUGUUGACAACACACACUAGAUACAGUAAUGAUUUUGUAAGAGCAUUCUCUCUCUCGUUCUCAAAGUUCAAUGAUAAACCGUUUUGCAAUGUUGGAACUAUAGGACAUGUUGACCACGGGAAAACAACUCUUACGGCCGCAAUUACCAAAGUUUUAUCAGAAGAAUUAGGAACAACGAAAACUGUGAAAUUUGAUGAAAUCGACAAAGCACCAGAGGAAAAGAAAAGAGGAAUUACCAUAAACGCUGCUCACAUUAGUUUCGAGUCAACCAAACGGCAAUAUGCUCACACUGAUUGUCCAGGCCAUAUAGACUUUAUAAAGAACAUGAUUACAGGAGCAGCACAGAUGGAUGGAGCUAUUCUUGUUGUGGCUGCAACAGAUGGCACUAUGCCCCAAACUCGUGAACAUGUGCUACUUGCCAAACAAAUUGGUGUCAAACAUAUAGUGGUUUAUAUUAAUAAAGUUGAUGCUGCAGAUGAAGAAAUGGCAGAGCUUUGUGAAAUUGAAGUCCAAAUGUUACUGGAUGAAUACGGAUAUAAAGGUUCUGAAGUUCCUGUUAUUCGAGGAUCUGCAUUAAGUGCAUUGAAUGGUGAAAAUGAAGAGAUUGGGAAAAAAUCUAUUUUGAAGUUAGUCAACAUUCUUGAUGAAUAUAUUCCAAUACCAGAUCGAGAUUUGUCAGCCCCAUUUGUUUUACCCAUAGAAUCAGCAGUAAAAAUUCCAAGUCGAGGCACAGUUGUCGUCGGAACAUUAAAAGAUGGUGUAAUAAGUAAAGGUGAUGCUGCAGAAAUCAUAGGGCAGGGUGUUUCCAUCCACAGUUCAGUAACCGAUAUUGAAGUGUUUCAUGAAUCUGUACCAAAGCUUUUUGCAGGGCAAAAUGCUGGAGUUCUUUUGAAAGGCAUAAAACAGACUAACAUUAACCGUGGUAUGUUUUUAGUGAAACCAAAUACAGCCACUCAGCAUUCCCAUUUCUGUGCCAAAGUGUAUGUCCUAACAAGAGAGGAAGGAGGUCGUACAAAACCAGUUAGAAAUGAGUAUCAACAGCAACUAUUUUGUUCAUUGUGGUCUAUGGGAUGUAUCAUAUAUUUGCCAGAGGACCUACCUAUGUUAAUGCCAGGGGACACUGCGGAUGUUAAAAUAUUAUUACGACAGCCAAUGAUUUUAAAGGUCGGACAACAGUUCACUAUACGUGAAAAUCGAAUUUCCUCUGUGACUGGAAUUGUGACAGAAAUUUUACCUCCUCUUGAUGUUGAAAUCAAAGGUUUUACUUUUCUAAAGCCUCAACCUUCAGUUAAGAUAGAGGGAAAAAGGAAAAGAAAGUGAUAUUUUAAAAAAUGAUUACAAUGUACAUGUGUGUGAAUAAAACAUGUAAAUUUUAUGUAAAGAUUUUGAAAACUGCCA